UCCUCCCUAGGUAUAAUUUUAAUAGCGCGUCCACGGUUCCUAUAAUCUCAUUAUUCAUUACUUCUGAUUUCGCUCACAAGAGAAAGAGGAAAAAUCCAAUCUCUAAAUUCGAAUUCGAAUACUUGAAUCGCGGAGCAAACCCUAGAUUUUUGUGUAUUGCAGAGGGAACUGGAAACGACUGUCGUAGCGGAAGCAGAAGUGCUGUGUCAGUACCUCGGUGGUCCUAGAGCCGCGGCCAAUCUUCAGAUCGACGACAUGUUGGACUUGCCGCCGUCUUCGCCUUCACCUUCUUCUCCGAUUCUUCAAGCCGUUCGCGCUUCUCAGGAGCCUGUCGCCGCGGAGUUCGCCGCAACGCGCUUUGAAUCGGUUGUUGAUUGCUCAGAUAUCAUUCAAGAAGCUGUUAUCGAGUCUUCCACGAUCAAGUUUGUCCCAAGCAUCCGAUCUGGUAGCUAUGCUGACAUUGGGCUGCGAAAAUCCAUGGAGGAUGAGCACAUUAGGAUUGAUGAUCUUUCUGCUGAGGUGGGGCCCCUCUUCAGGUGUUCACUUCCAAGUGCCUUCUAUGCAGUGUUUGAUGGGCAUGGAGGCCCUGAAGCAGCAGCUUAUAUCAAGAGGAAUGUCAUGAGGCUGUUUUUUGAAGAUGUUGAUAUACCACAAAUGUCUGAAAUUAAUGAUAUUUUCUUAGAGGAAUUGGAAAAUUGUCAUCGCAAGGCAUUUUUAUUGGCUGAUCUUGCCUUGGCUGAUGAAUGCACUGUUAGCAGUUCAUGUGGAACAACAGCCUUGACCGCUCUAAUACUCGGAAGGCAUCUACUAGUGGCCAAUGUUGGUGACUGUCGAGCAGUUCUCUGCAGGAAAGGACAAGCAGUCCAGAUGUCUCAAGAUCACAGACCGAGUUAUCUCCCAGAGUGCAAGCGUGUCGAGGCCGUAGGUGGUUACAUUCUCGACGGGUAUCUCAACGAUCUCUCCGUCACCCGAGCCCUCGGAGACUGGGGAAUGAAAUUCCCUGAUGGUUCUCCAUCACCUCUCAUUGCUGAGCCAGACUUUCGACAGAUUAUUCUAACAGAAGACGAUGAGUUCCUGAUUAUUGGCUGCGAUGGGAUCUGGGAUGCCAUGCCGAACCAGCAUGCAGUCAGCCUGGUUCGCCGUGGAAUGAGGCGGCACAACAACCCGCAGCAGUGUGCUAGAGACCUCGUCAUGGAAGCAUUACGGCUACACACACCGGAUAAUCUCACUGCGAUUGUCAUCUGCUUCUCUUCCCCCGAUCACAGUGAGGCAUUCCCACCACCACAGAGGCUGAGGUUCAGAUGCUGUAGUCUCUCCGAGGAAGCCCGAAACAGGCUGAAGAGCUUGCUGGAAGGCUAAUUGCAUUCAAAAUACGAGGGGAGGAGAUCAUAAUGUCUGUUUAUGGCCUGCUUCAGAUCAUAGGUUACAAAAGAAUCAGCCAAAAGUUUUGUAGAAGAGAUGAAAGCUAGGAUAAUCUCCUAGUUGAGUAUAGUGCGAGAAUAAUCACCUUGAUUCCAUUCAUCUCUCCAUCAUUAUUUAACGUUUUAUAUGUACAUGUGGAUUGCGAAUACUCCUAAUGGACACUGCAUUGAUCUUGAA